UACUUCCGGUUCAACUCUUCCGGUUUCAUACCGCUCAUAUUUAACUCCCCUUGCUAAAAAAAAAAAAUCCCGUGUUUUCUUUAGGUAUGCGUUUUAUAUGUUUUUUGUUUUUGUUUUUUUGAUGUAUUGAAAUUGAGUUAAAUUGCUUAAACAUGGCGGGUUUACCGCCGGGGGAUCCUCAGCUAGUGUCCAUGAUAGUGAAUCACCUGAAAACACAAGGACUAUUCGACCAGUUUCGGAGGGAUUGCCUGGCAGACGUUGACACGAAGCCCGCUUACCUGAACUUGAAGCAAAGAGUGGACAACUUUGUCUCCAACCACCUGUCCAACCACACAUGGAGCCCUCAGUUGAACAAGAACCAGCUGAGAAACAACAUCCGACAGCUCGUGUUGCAAUCUGGGAUGCUGGAGCAAGGGGUGGACAGGAUCGUGGCCCAGGUGGUGGACCCCAAAGUCAACCACAUCUUCAGGCCGCAGGUGGAGAAAGUGGUCCACGAGUUCCUGUCGCCUGGCACCAGCAGCGAGGAGCCGCCGCACCCGCCGAUCCCAGCGACUGAGACCAAAGCUGACGUCAUUGUUCCCCAGCAGGCCUCAUCGUCCACUCCGACGUCCACCGCAGACGCCAUGUCCAUCCUGGACGCCAUCACCUCUCUCAGCCAGGAGGCCAACGUCAGGACCGCCGAGAAGGUCCGCAAAGCCCCCGAGGGGCCCGCGGAGGACGGCGAGCAGGACAUGGACCUGGACGAGGACGCAGAGAGGAAGACGGCCGAGGACGAGGAGGAGGAAGCCGAGGUGCAGCGGUCCGCGGAUGACGGCGCUGCGGAUCAGAUGGAAGUAGAGAAAGAAAUCCCCUCGGAGGAGAUGAAGAUGGAAGAGGAAGGGACUCCAGUCGAAGACCAAGCUGAGGACAAACACAAAGCGGCCUGUAAAACAAGCGGGAGACCUUCUGAGGAGAAGAAGCAGCAGCAGGAGGAUUCAAGUCAGGCCAAAGAGAAAGCCAGAGAGAAGAUUAAGGAAGAGUACUCUUUAGAAGAUUCGGACUUGGACGGCCUGAGCGACAUCACAGUGAGCUCCGUGCACACCAGCGACCUGUCGUCGUUUGAGGGGGAAAGCGAAGAGGAGGCGCCGCUGUCCGAUUCCUCCGAGGAGGCCGAAAAUUCAACGGAUGGUCUCAAACUUGAGAAGAAGGAGGCAGGCGGGGACACAGGAGAUGAAGGCAAAGAGAGUAAACCACGCCGCAAGGCCUACGUCCACAAGCCCUUCUUGUACUCCCGUUACUAUAGCGACUCAGACGACGAGGUCACUGUGGAGGAAAGGCGACGAUCUGUAGCAAAGGACAAAGAAGAUCGCCUGCUCAAAAGGCAGCAAAACAGGGAACGGAUGGAAGAGAAGCGCAAACAGAAAGCUUUACAGUCUGAAGAACAAGAUCAGAAAAAGAAGAAAAGUGAGCAAUCUGGCGGUCUCCAGAAACCCCAAGCCAAGGAAGCCCGCAAAGAGCAGAAAGUCCUGGAGAAAAAAAUGGCCCUGAGCAGAAAGAGGAAGCUUGACUCGAGGAGAGAGGAAGACGUGGCCAGCAAGAAAAAAACGGACGCAGAAGAAACAUCUAAGAAGGCGGAAGCGAAAACCCCGCUAUCUCGCAGCCUCCAACAGAAACCGGCUAGAAACCCGCCCGAGUCGUCUGAAGAGAGGCACCGGGGGAUGAGCGGCAGCGUGUUGGAAGAUUUAAGCGACGCCAAGAAGAUACCAGACAAAAACCGCACACACUCCUUCAUCUUGGACCUCGAGCUCGGCUCGCAGGAGGCGCUCAGGCAGCGUACCGUCGGGAAGUUUGACCGGCCGUCACGCAAGGUACGCAAAGAAAAGCCAGAGGAGUCGGCGAAGAUCAAACCAAAGCAGGAGAAGAAACCCGAGUCAAUGGUGACUGAGCCCCAACAGAAGGAUGGCGGGCAUGUAAAGGCGUCGUCCGAUGAGAAGAAGCCCAAAGUGAAAAGUGAAAAGAAAGUGGCCAAGGAACAAAAAGCGUCCGAGGCCGAUGAAGCGGCUAAAGAUGCGUCAGCUAAGAAAACGAGGUCUCAGUCUGUCGAGGUGAUCAAAGCAGAGAAGGACAAAAGUCGGGAGAAAGAUAAAGACAAAAUGAAAGAAAAGGUCAAAGGAGAUAAAUCGUCAGUAAAAAGCGAUUCCAAGCAACUCCGGCUGGAAUCUUCCGCAUCCUCUGAGGACCGGCCUGAGGUGGGACCAGGCGCAGACGGCGGAAAGAAGAAAGAGAAACACUCCAAGGACACCCUGAAGAGGUCCAAGAGCCACAGCGAAGAGCGGCAAGGGGACAAAGCCAAAGUGAAAGCCGAGGGCAAAGACAAAGAGAGGACCAAAGCCGAGCAACCAAACAAGCCUGACAGCGAAAAGUCCCCAAAAAGAGUCAGGCCUGCUGAGAAAGGAAAAACCACGGAAAAAUCCAAAUCCAAAGAGGAAGCCAAGUCAAAACCGGACAAGAAAGCUCACAGUUUGGAGGCUCGUGGGGCCAGCAAAGGUGAGAUAAGCAAGGACAAGAAGAAGGAGGGAAGUGCUAAGGAGCAGAGGAAGCCCUCUGAGGAGCCUGACAUGAAGACUGCAAAGAAGAAAAUGGACAAGAAGGAGAAAGUUCUGGAGAAGAAAGCAUCCAGUGAAGACAAAGCGGAGAAGUCUUCUCUGGAUGUCGUGGCUCAGGAUUCCCAGAAGACAUCUCUGCUCAAAGACGACGCGGAGCCCGCCACGGUCGCGACCGACGACACCCGCGCCGGGACCACCGAGGAGCCGGCCGUGCCUCCGGAGGCCGACGCCCUGCUGACGCUCAUGGACGUCUGCGCCUCGGCUAUGGACGCCAGGCUCCACGCGGCGACGGGCGGCAUAGAGCACGCCCCCGCGGAAGCGACGCUUCAGGACGCCGACAUGAAGAUGAAGGAGGCGGCCCUCACGCUGCUUUCCAUGGACCCCGACAGCGCUUUGUCUCCCGGCUUCAUGAGGCAGAAAGCGGCGGCGGCGGCGGCGGCGGCGGCGGAGGAGUCCCCCGGGAGUGGCACGGAGCGUCAGAAACCGGAAUCUCUACAAACCGCUGCUGAGUCAUCGCCUGUGGACACGAAUGCUGGAAAAUCCAGCAGUGAUGACAACUCUGAAAUGGACGCAUCAUGUGCUGACACGUCUCCUCAGGACGACACCAAGUCACAUGACUUUCAGGAUCCUCCAGGUGAGGCAGCUACCAGCGCUACUGACACGGCACCUGACACGCAGUCAGCAUCGACCGAGAAAGAUGAAAUGAUGAAGGAAAGCACGUCUGACCUUUUCCGCGGGACGCCUGCGUUGGAGCAUGUUCCCGCUCCACACGAGCAAAGCGAGGUUGCAAACAGCAAAGCUGAAGAGGGGCUCGCCGAGGAGGAGCAGAUGGAUGUCAGUAAUCGUGAUGCUGAAGUAAAGGCACAGGAGGAAGAAAGCGUUGCACAAACCGUGGAACUCGGCACUCCUCACACACAACUACAGUGUGGAAGUCAAGUUGAAAACCAAGCCAAAAUGUGUGACCCAGGUUGCAUCAUGCAGCAGCAAAAGGAGUCAGACAUGUCAAAUAAGUCUGAGGGACGAGGAGGACAUAAAAGAAAGAUGUCCAACCAGAACAUUGCAUCUGCUCUUGACUGCAGUAAUACUGCUGAUGCGUCACAAUUUAGCAAUGCAACAGGCCAGGAUGGAAAGGAACCAUCUUCUGAGGAAAAAGAACAAGCAGAGGUGAAGGCCAAGUUGCCGCGCAGGGGACGAUCUUCCAAAGCGGCAGAAGAAGUAGCGCAGGAGGAGAUGAAACCAUUGGAGAAAAUGGGUCCGACUUCCAGUCGCCGAAGGAGACGCUCUGCAGCCAAAUCUGAUGACCUGAGCAAAGACGAGCCGGCCGCUCACAAAUCGUCGCCAUCACGCUCUACAGAGGAGCAGCAAGAGGAAGGAGAAAGUGCACCAAAGUCUGACAGGCUUCAAGAAGGUGAGACCGCUGUGUCGUCUCUUCCGGCAGGAAGCUCCGCCCACCAAGAAAGCGCUGAAACGGGUGAGCCGGCAGUCAAGAAGAGGAGGUCAGAGGAUCGGGAAACAUCUGUGGAGGCACUGGAAGAGGAGCUGAACAAAGACGCUUCUAAGGACACAUAUGAGGAGUUGAUCAAGGACGCCAAUAAAGAGGCUGGAAAGGACACAAGUCAAACGCUUCUAGAGGACACUAGUGAGGAGCCUAUGAAGGAGACUAGUGAGGAGCUUAAAAACCACUUCAGUGAGAAGGCCAACAAAGACGACAUAAGGGAAGCACUUAUAAAGGAGACAAGUGAAGAGUGCUUAAAGGACGCAAGUGAGGAGCCCCUGAAGGACACAAGUGAGUAUGUAAAGGACACAAGUGAGGAUCUAAAGGACGCGAGUGAGGAUGGAAAGGACGCCAGUGAGGAUGGAAAGGACCUAAGUGCGGAUGCAAAGGAGACGAGUGCGGAGGCAAAGGAGACGAGUGCGGAGGCAAAGGAGACGAGUGCGGAGGCAAAGGAGACGAGUGCGGAGGCAAAGGAGACGAGUGCGGAGGCAAAGGAGACGAGUGCGGAGGCAAAGGAGACGAGUGCGGAGGCAAAGGAGACAAGUGCGGAUGAAAAAUACACAAGGGAGGAGCUUAUAGAGGACACAAGGGAGGGUGUAAAGGAGACAAGUGAGGAUGUAAAGGACGCGAUUGAGGAUGCAAAUUACACGAGUGAGGAUGCAAAGGACGCGAGUGAGGAUGCAAAGGACACAAGUGAGGGGCGUAUAGAGGACACAAGUGAAGAUGCAAAGGAGACAAGUGAGGAUGUAAAGGAUGCACAAAGUGAGGAGGUAAAGAACACAAGUGAUGGGGCAAAGGACGUGAGUGAGGAGCUUAUAGAGGACACAAGUGAGGAUGUAAAGGAGACAAGUGAGUAUGUAAAGGACGCAAGUGAGGAUGUAAAGGACACGAGUGAGGAGGCAAAGGACACAAGUGAGGAUGCAAAGGACGCGAGUGAGGAGCUUAUAGAGGACACAAGUGAGGAAUUAAAGGAGACAAGUGAGGAGCUUAUAGAGGACACAACUGAGGAUGUAAAGGAGACAAGUGAGGACGUAAAGGACGCAAGUGAGGAUGUAAAGGACCCGAGUGAGGAGCUUAUAGAGGACACAAGUGAGGAUGUAAAGGACCCGAGUGAGGAGCUUAUAGAGGACACAAGUGAGGAUGUAAAGGAGACAAGUGAGGAGCUUAUAGAGGACACAACUGAGGAUGUAAAGGAGACAAGUGAGGAGCUUAUAGAGGACACAACUGAGGGUGUAAAGGCGACAAGUGAAGAGCUUAUAGAGGACACAACUGAGGAUGUAAAGGAGACAAGUGAGGAGCUUAUAGAGGACACAACUGAGGAUGUAAAGGAGACAAGUGAGGAUGUAAAGGACGCAAGUGAGGAUGUAAAGGACCCGAGUGAGGAGCUUAUAGAGGACACAAGUGAGGAUGUAAAGGACCCGAGUGAGGAGCUUAUAGAGGAUACAAGUGAGGAUGUAAAGGACCCGAGUGAGGAGCUUAUAGAGGAUACAAGUGAGGAUGUAAAGGACCCGAGUGAAGAGCUUAUAGAGGAGACAAGUGAGGAUGUAAAGGAGACAAGUGAGGAUGUAAAGGACGCAAGUGAGGAUGUAAAGGACGCGAGUGAGGAGUCAAAGGACACAAGUGAGGAUGCAAAGGACGCGAGUGAGGAGCUUAUGGAGGACACAAGUGAGGAUGUAAAGGAGACAAGUGAGGAGCUUAUAGAGGACACAAGUGAGGAUGUAAAGGAGACAAGUGAGGAUGUAAAGGACCCGAGUGAGGAGUUUAUAGAAGACACAAGUGAGGAUGUAAAGGACCCAAGUGAAGAGCUUAUAGAGGACACAAGUGAGGAUGUAAAGGAGACAAGUGAGGAGUUUAUAGAGGACACAAGUGAAGAUGUAAAAGAGACAAAUAGGGAUGUAAAGGGUGCAAGUGAGGAUGCAAUGGACACAAGUGAGAAUGCAAAGGACGCAAGUGAGGAUGUAAAGGAGGUAGAAAGUGAGGAUGCAAAGGAGACAAGUGAGGAUGCAAAGGACACAAGCGAUGAUGCUAAGGACACAAGUGAGGAUGUAAAGGAGGUACAAAGUGAGGAUACAAAGGAAACAAGCAAGGAUGCAAAGGACACAAGUGAUGAUGCAACGGAGACAAGUGAGGAGUUUAUAGAGGACACAAGUGAGGAUGCAAAGGACACACGUGAGGAUGCGAAGGACACAAGUGAGGAUGCAAAGGACACAAGUGAGGAUGCAAUGGACACAAAUGAGAAUGCAAAGGACGCAAGUGAGGAUGUAAAGGAGCUACAAAGUGAGGAUGCAAAGGAGACAAGUGAAGAUGCAAAGGACACAAGUGAGGAUGCGAAGGACACACAUGAGGAUGCGAAGGACACAAGUGAGGAUGCAAAGGACACAAGUGAGGAUGCAAAGGACACAAGUGAGGAUGCAAAGGACGCAAGUGAGAAUGCAAAGGACGCAAGUGAGGAUGUAAAGGAGCUACAAAGUGAGGAUGCGAAGGACACAAGUGAGGAUGCGAAGGAGACAAGUGAGGAUGCGAAGGAGACAAGUGAGGAUGCGAAGGAGACAAGAGAGGAUGCGAAUGAGACAAGUGAGGCUGUGAAGGAUGAAAGUGAGCAGAAGACAGACGCUCCUCCAUCACUGAGCGCAUGCGAAGGAAACGAGGAGAUGGACGAGGAGCAACAAGGCUCCGCCCCCAAGAAGCCAGCUCGCAGGGGACGACCACCAAAGACAGCAGAGCUUGCAGACGACGCAGAUAAAAAGGAGAAAACCCCAGGAGCCGAAAAGGAGCCGAAUGAGGACGACGAAGAGGAGGAGGAGGAAGAGUGCGGUGAAAAGGACGAGGACGAGAAUGAGAUGGCGAGCAGAGCGACGACGCGAUCGGCUGCUCGCCUGGAAGCUGAAAGAAAUAAGCCAAGCAAGCCGUCCACGCGUGCCAAUCGACAGAGCGAGAAAGAGGAGAUGGCAGGAGCAGGCGCACGUGGGACCAGAGGCCAGGCGACUGCCACCAAGGGACCUCGCAAGCGGGAGGCCAGCCCCCCCACUGUGCGAACACGAGGAGGGCAGAAGUCCGAGGAGCCGCCAUCCAAGCGAGGGAAACGCUGACGUCCCAGAAAGACGGCGAGGUGGACUCGAGCAGGUUCCUUGCGGUGGACUCUGGACUUCCUUUGGCGUGCUGUGUCAUCCAUCUUUGCUCUUGUGUGGAGGCAAGUUGUUACAUAUUCAUUCUGAGAAUGACAAUGGCAAAGUUUUUAUAUUUUUUUAUACUUUUUUUAAGACUCUAAAAGGACUCAUUUGCUGCGAUCAACAACCGGCAAAAAAAAACCCACGUGGUUUUCUUGUCCUAGGUUCCUGUUUUCCACAGUCUCCACUACCUUACUAUGUCGCCCUCUUGUGGCCAAAUAUCCACAGUGUCCUUCAGGUCACUUCAUACUUGAACAGAAGUCAAAGCUUGUACAGUUUUUGUAUUGCAGCACGUUGUUUAUUCAAAAAUACCUUCAUUGUAUUCAGGCCUAAAUACACAAUUUCAUCCUU